AUGGCCAGAGAGUACGCCAAAGACGGCGUCGUAGAAGUCGAUAAAGUAUCUGACUCCGUAUGGGUCGUUAGCCGGGUCAAACGAGAACAGGAGCUUGCAGUAGUUGAGAGCGGUGAAAAACGUGGAUUUCUGCGUCAACACGGUGAUAUACUUGAACACGGUGAGAUAGCACUGUCUGUUGAGGAAGUAGUCGAACGGAAGUCGACAGUCGCCGCUACCAAGCUGGAAAUUUGUCCGCAGACUCCAGUCAAACACAAAUAG